AACGGGAGAUAUUUAUUUGUAAUAGAAACUUCGUAUACAGUGUGUUAGUAGAAUUUCAUCACUACUUUAAACGAAACGUCAAACUGACGCGACUUCAAAAUGUAACCCGCAAAUUUCAAACCCGAAAUGAAUUUCCUCGACAAACUAGUCGGUAAGAAGCAAGCUCUCACCACCUCCGACGCAAUCCAAAAACUCCACGAGAUGGAGUUCAUGCUGUUCAAAAAACAGGAAUAUCUUGAAUCAAAAAUCGAAAAAGAAAAGGUUUCAUUGGUUAAAAACGCGUCGAAAAAUAAAUCAGCUGCACUCCAGUCUCUCCGAAGGAAGAAACGUUACGAAAAACAGCUACAACAAAUCGACAACACGCUAACCACCAUCGAGAUGCAGAGGGAAGCUCUGGAGUUGGCUACCACCAACACGACGCUCCUCAAGACCAUGCAGAACACCGCCACUGCAUUAAAACAAACCCAGGUCAAUGUCAACGUUGAAGAGGUUAAUAAUAUUAUGGAUAGCAUCGCCGACCAGCAGGAGUUAGUGAACGAAAUCGCCAACGCGAUUGGUAAUCCUGUGGGCUUCGACGACGAUAUAGACGAAGAUGAGCUGGAGCUAGAACUGGAAGCUCUGGAAGAGCGCGCUUUGGAGGAAAAACUGGUGGAAAUACCGGUCUUGCCUAAAGCGCCCACCGGGAAAAUUGGUAAAGUGAAAAAGAGCAAAGAUGAUGAUGAUGACGACCUGGAGAGGUUGGUUCAGUGGGCGUCGUAGUUGUUGACAUAGUUUCUGACUACAUUUUUAAUAUAAAAUACACUUUAAU